AUGCUACGGCCCGCCCCUACGUCCGAGUCGCCCAGCAACCGAGCCGCCCAGCACCCGAGCCGCCCGACAGCCGAGCCGCCCAACAGCCGAGUUGCCCAGCACCGUGCAGCCGAGCCGCCCAGCAGCCGAGCCGCCCGUGCAGCCGAGCCGCCCUGCAGCCGAGCCGCCGAGCAGCCCGAUCGCCCCACCUGCCUGGUAAGAGCUCAGUCUCUGCCUCACUGCGCUCACUGCCUCCCUACUGCUGUUAUGACUUCCCCUAGCGUUCUCACUUUUGAUGCUGAGGGUCAGGCAGUGGACUUUGAGGUCUGGGUAGAUGAUCUACAGCUUUUUCUGCAGUGCGAUAGGGCAGACGGCCUCUCCCUGUUUGACCUCACUUCUAGUGCCUCCCCUGCCCCUGCUACUGAUGCUGACGCCACUGUUCGCUCACAGUGGGCCACACGUGAUGCUGCUGCUCGCAUUGCUGUUCGCCGCCACUUACCGACCACUGAGCGUGCACACUUAAGCCAGUACAAGAGUGCUCAGACCCUGGACUACUUCCUCUCUGUUUGCCCCACCACUUUCACCGUUGACCUCCUCGAGAAGGCCCUCCUAGCGAUAGAGAAGAGCAUAGACGCUGUAGGGGCCUCUCGUGGUGACCCUCGCACCCCCGUCUUUGAGGGGUGUUCUCCCUCCCCCUCUUGCCCUCUAUCGCCUCUGCUGCUGCGGCGGCCUCAUUG